UCCCAGGAGUCCUUGGACAACUAGUCGAGCUUCCCAACCGUCCCUACCCGGCUCGUGCCCAGAGGGCGGCAGCCAGAGCACGAGCGCCCAGAGAACCGGCGCGAGGUGGGCGGGGCAGCGUCCGGCGCCGUCGCCGACGAGGACGAGCCACUGCCGCGGGCUUCGGGGCGGAGAGUGGGGAGCCCGCAAGUCCCCUGCCGCCGGGUCGCGCUGGUGCGACCGCCGUGCCCGCCGGCGCCCAGCGGAGAUGCGGCCUGUCUCUUAGGAUGAGGUGUUGGUAGCAGGAGGAAGAGACAAGGAAAACUUGUGGAUAAAGAGAAGUCUAGCCUUGGACAGUCAGUAACCUCUCCUCCAAAAUGAGACAGCAUUAAACGCUGUGCAAGGGCCCUUUCAGCUUGCCUCCUCUCUGAAAUCGAUUGGUGGACUCCGCUUUGCCCAUUAUAGGCAUCAGUCACAGCACAGAGUUCUUGAAACUCUCCUUUUCCGCAAAACUCUGCUUCAGGUCUACACUCAGGCUCCUCCAGGUUUUGUUCGUGCAUCGUCCUGUUCAGUAAAGUCAAGGGAAAGUUGAAGAAAAGUGAGACAAGAACUAAAAGAACCAAACAGGGAAGCAUUCAUAUUUCAAGAUCUUUAGGAAGAGGUAGGAAUAGUUAACAUGGAAUCAAAAACGUGUGAACCAAAUAAUGAAGAUCUUUUACCAAGUAGUGGCAUCGCAUCCAAUGGAGGUUCUUCAAGCCCAUUUUUUGUGUCAUCAAUUCGUGGUACAAUAAUUGAAAACACAGCUGCAACUGGGACUUUGACACAAAUUCCUCUUUUCCCUAAAUAUGAAGUAGAACUUGAUUCUCAUAGAAAAAUAGUUCCUUAUCCUGGAAAGGAACACAUUGAACGUGUUUUAGAAGAAUAUUCACAUCAAGUCAAAGAUUUGCAAAGAAGACUAAAUGAAAGCAAUGAAUUGCAUGAGAAACAAAAAUUUUAUUUAAGGCAGUCAGUCAUUGAUUUGCAAACAAAACUUCAAGAAAUGCAAAUGGAGAGAGACGCCAUGGCUGACAUCAGACGAAGGGAGAGUCAGUCCCAGGAGGAUUUAAGAAAUCAGCUUCAAACUACAGUUCAUGAACUUGAAGCUGCCAAAAGCCUUAAGGAGAACAUGUUAAAAGACAGCAAUGCACAAAUAGAGCAGCUCAGGAAAAUGAUGCUGAGUCACGAAGGAGCGCUUCAAGAAAUCCGAUCAAUCUUAGUUGACUUUGAAGAAGGCUCAGGCAAGAAAAUCUAUGAACACGACAGCAUGUCUACUGUGCACUUCCGCAGCUUGGGCUCAGCUGUUAGUAAAAUCCUAAGAGAAUUAGACACAGAAAUUUCUUAUCUGAAAGGGAGGAUAUUUCCAGUGGAGGAUCAGCUUGAAACAUUGAAAUCUGAAUCACAGAACAAAAUAGAGUUACUUCUUCAGCAACAUCAAGAUAGGAUUGAGCAGUUGAUAAGUGAACAUGAAGUUGAAAUCACAGCACUUACUGAGAAAGCCAGCAGUGCUCGAAGCCAAGCCAAUAGUAUCCAGAGUCAACUGGAAAUCAUUCAAGAACAAGCAAGAAACCAAAAUUCAAUGUAUAUGCGUCAGCUCAGUGAACUGGAAUCUACUGUUUCUCAGCUUCGUUCUGAAUUAAGGGAAGCCAGAAGGAUGUAUGAAGACAAAAUAGAAGAUCUGGAGAAGCAAUUAGUCCUUGCCAACUCUGAGCUCACUGAAGCACGUACAGAACGGGAUCAGUUCAGUCAGGAAUCUGGAAAUUUGGAUGAUCAACUUCAAAAGCUAUUGGCAGACCUGCACAAGAGGGAGAAGGAGCUGAGUCUGGAGAAGGAGCAGAACAAACGGCUGUGGGACCGAGACACGGGCAAUAGCAUCACCAUUGACCACCUGCGUCGUGAGCUGGAUGACAGGAACAUGGAGGUGCAGCGCCUGGAGGCCCUGCUCAAGGCCAUGAAGAGCGAGUGUCAGGGCCAGAUGGAGCGGCAGAUGGCAGCGAUUCAGGGGAAGAAUGAGAGUCUAGAGAAAGUGUCCUCCUUGACUGCUCAGCUCGAAUCCACCAAAGAGAUGCUCCGCAAAGUAGUGGAAGAGCUGACGGCCAAGAAAAUGACUCUGGAGAGCUCAGAGAGGACAGUGUCUGAUCUGACAGCUUCCCUCCAAGAAAAAGAGCGAGCCAUCGAGGCUACCAAUGCAGAGAUCACAAAGCUCCGCUCCCGGGUGGACUUGAAAUUGCAGGAACUACAGCACUUGAAAAAUGAAGGGGAUCACCUCAGAAAUGUGCAGACGGAAUGUGAGGCUCUCAAGCUGCAGAUGGCAGAAAAGGACAAGGUGAUUGAAAUUUUGCGCCAGCAGAUUGAAAACAUGACACAGUUGGUGGGCCAGCAUGGACGGACUGCUGGUGCUAUGCAAGUCGAAAAGGCUCAGCUGGAGAAAGAGAUUAAUGAUAGGAGACUGGAACUACAGGAAUUUAAGAUUUUAAAAGAUAAAAAAGAUGCCAAGAUCCGGGAGCUUGAAGCCAGAGUAAGUGACCUAGAACUGGAAAAGGUGAAGCUGGUGAAUGCAGGCUCUGAGCGGCUCCGUGCAGUGAAGGACAUCAAACAAGAGAGAGAUCAAUUAUUAAAUGAGGUGAAGAUGAGUAGGAAUGAAUUGAACAGUCUUUCAGAGGACUAUGAAGUCUUGAAAAGGAAUUUUCGAAACAAAAGUGAAGAAAUGGAAACUACUACAAAUAAACUGAAAAUGCAGUUAAAAUCUGCACAGUCUGAACUAGAACAAACAAGAAAUACACUAAAGUCAAUGGAAGGAUCUGAUGGUCAUGCUAUGAAAGUGGCAAUGGGAAUGCAAAAGCAAAUCACAGCCAAGAGAGGUCAGAUAGAUGCCCUUCAGAACAAGAUCCAGUUUUUAGAAGAGGCCAUGACAAAUUCGAACAAGGAGAAACAUUUUUUAAAAGAAGAAAAGUGUAAACUCAGUCAGGAAUUGAGCACAGUUGCAACAGAAAAAAACAAAAUGGCUGGAGAGCUAGAAGUUCUGCGAUCUCAGGAACGUCGUUUGAAAGAAAAAGUUGCUAAUAUGGAAGUUGCUCUUGAUAAGGCAUCUUUGCAGUUUGCAGAAUGUCAAGAUAUAAUCCAGCAUCAGGAACAAGAAUCUGUGCGUCUAAAACUUCAACACACUUUGGAUGUAAAGGAUCUUCAGGGCCCUGGAUUUACCGCAAAUCCUUCAUUGAAACCACACCUUCUCCAGACAGCAUCUGCUAUCCGUUCUCAUUCUAAUGUACCAUCUUCCCAGUCCACAGUCAGCUUCCUAUCUCAUCACUGCAUGAAGGCUAAUGUACUGAAGGAAGACCCAACAAGGGACCUGAAACAGCUUCUCCAAGAACUGAGAAGUGUGAUUAAUGAGGAACCAUCCUUGCCUCUGACCAAACCUGAGGAGAGUGGGAGAACACCAUCUCUCGGAGCCUUAAAUGAAAGAGUAAGAGAUUGCAUGACUGAAUCAAGCAUGAGAUCAGAGAUAUGCCAUAGAAGCAACAAUUCAUUAAGGGACUCUACCGAAGGGAGCAAGUCCAGUGAAACACUCAGCAGAGAGCCAGUUAUGUUGAACGCAGGAGACCUAGAAGAUCCAUCUAGUUGUUUCGCUUUCCAGUGCACAGCAAGUCCAACAGUGAAAAAUUCAGCUUCCCGUUCAUUCAGUUGUUCUCCUAAGAAAUCUCCAGUGCAUUCACUCCUGACUAGUUCAGCUGAAGAGUCAGUGGGUUCCACAUCACGGUAUAGAUCUACCAGAUCUAUUCAUUCACCUGAUUCCGUUAAAGAAACAACAGGAAAAACAUGCAGAAAACUUCAGAACAGAUUGGAAAGCUUGCAAACCCUGGUAGAAGAUUUGCAGCUGAAGAACCAAGCAAUGUCUUCAAUGAUCAGAAAUCAAGAAAAGAGGAUACAGAAAGUGAAAGACCAGGAAAAAAUGUUACUGAAAUGACACAUUGCUUGCCUAUUCUUUACAGAGGGAUGAUGCCCAAUUAAUUGUGCUGUUACUUUAAUUAGUGCCCUGUGUGCUUUUUUUCUUUUUAUGUGAAAAUUUAAUAAAAGAUACCUGUCCUGUAAAAA